GAUAAUAUGCCCUAAUGUGGGAAAGAUCUUUUAAACGUAAGAAAAGAAACCCCUUUGGCAAGAAAAGGGUUUCCAUAUAUAGAAACAUAAAUUCACUCCACAUCCGCCAUUGUUAACUCAAUCAAAACUCAUGUUCACGAGCGAAUCUUCAGUUGAAUCUGUGUUCAGAUGAUCAUCCAGAUUCAAUUUCACGUUCGUAUUCUCUAGAAAAUGCUCGCGAUUCAGCUCAAAUCAACCUCAAUUCGUAAUCAAUCACCUCCAUAUUCUCAUUAUGUCAAGGCUCCUGACGGUCAGAAAUGUUAAAAGAAUUGUGCGGUCGAUUCGAACAAACAACAGUAGAAUUCAACUAGAAGACAGGAAACAUGGGUCAGUUGAUAGGAUCACUCUAUAUUCCUCUCUUAGAAGUUAUUCCAUUAUCCCAAACAACGAUAGAACGACUCGUUAUGCUCAAAACGCAUGGAAAACAAUUUCCCAGAAUUCAUCUCACACUGUGAAAUCCUUUCCUUCGAUAAGUAGGAUUUCUCAAGCAUUUAGUUUGGCCGCAACCCGCUCGUAUAUCAUUAUUCCGGGUAUAUAUGCGUUUGCAUGCGGGAAUACGGCAUUUGCACAAGCAAGGCAUAAUGCGGAAUAUUUUCAACCCAGAAAUACUCUUUAUACGCAUGCAGAAAACGGACACGCGUUCUUGAUUUCAUCAGCCGUUUCAGUAUACGAAGGUUUAAUAUUAAUAAUCAGAGCUAUAUAUCUAUCAAUCUUAUUCUCCCCAUGUAUAGCAUCGGCACCAUUUGCAGGAUAUUUCGGUAACUCAUCAAGAAAAAGCUGGCUACGCCUUAUACGUCGUACGUUAGAAAUAGCGGGUCCCGCUUUUAUAAAAUGGGGUCAAUGGGCUGCAACAAGACCGGAUCUUUUUCCUCGAGACCUGUGCACCGAACUUUCUAAACUUCACUCACAAGCCCCUGAACAUAGCUUUUCUUACACGCGAAAGACGGUUGAGAAGGCUUUCGGCCGUAAAAUCCAUGAAAUUUUUGAUGAUUUUGAGGAGGUCCCGGUGGCCUCUGGAAGUAUCGCUCAGAUUCAUCGAGCGGUUUUGAGAUAUAAGUAUCGUGGUAAGCAGAUUAAGCCGUUAGUAGUUGCGGUAAAAGUUAGACAUCCGGGAGUAGGUGAAUCGAUUAGAAGAGAUUUCGAGAUUAUUAACGUAGUGGCGAAGAUUUCGCGGUUUAUACCCACUUUGAAAUGGUUGAGAUUGGAUGAAAGUGUACAGCAAUUCGCGGUGUUUAUGAUGUCGCAAGUGGAUCUCGCUCGUGAAGCUGCGAAUUUAAGCCGUUUUGCUUACAAUUUUAGACGAUGGAGAGAUGUUUCGUUUCCGAAACCGGUAUAUCCGCUCGUACAUCCUGCGGUUUUGGUUGAAACGUUUGAGCAAGGAGAGAGUGUUGCGUAUUAUGUUGAUGAACUCAAAGGACAUGAACGACUCAAGAGUUCUCUUGCUCAUAUAGGGACUCAUGCACUUUUAAAGAUGCUUUUGGUUGAUAACUUCAUCCAUGCCGACAUGCAUCCCGGAAACAUCCUAGUACGAAACAAAUCGUCUCGUAAACGGAUCUUUAAAUCGAAGCCACAUCUUAUAUUUCUUGAUGUCGGCAUGACCGCUGAACUUUCAUAUAGUGAUAGAAUAAAUUUAUUAGAGUUUUUCAAAGCGGUUGCUCGUAGAGACGGUGCCACUGCAGCAAAAUGCACGUUAAGGCUAUCAAAGCAACAGAAUUGCCCUAAUCCUCAAGCCUUUAUUAAGGAAGUGAAAGAAUCGUUUGAUUUUUGGGGUACUCCGGAAGGCGAUAUAGUUCACCCCGCUGAUGCCAUGCAUCAAUUGCUAGAGCAAGUGAGACGUCAUCGAGUCAAUGUGGAUGGAAAUGUAUCCACCGUCAUGGUCACCACUUUGGUUCUCGAGGGUUGGCAAAGGAAGCUGGAUCCAGAUUACGAUAUUAUGAAUACCCUACAGACUUUGUUACUGAAAGAAGAUUGGGCAAAGUCAUUAACUUACACGAUCGAGAGACUAAUGGCUCCAUAAUCACUAUCCCUUGAACAGACUAGCUAUUAAUUACGUCUUUAGUUCGUUAUGUUCUUUCGGUUCAGAAGGUGGCAAUGGGCUCUUGUGUAACUAGUCAAUGCGGGUAUGAGUUUCGAGUCAUUUUGUUAGCAUGUUGCUUGGGUUUGGGUUUGGGUUUGGGUUGAUACACAAACACUUGUGACAACAUUAGAUAGAUGUGUGAUUCUUCUUGUAAUUAGUUUUUUGCAUUAUGCUUUAACUUUAUAAUUCAAAUUUGGUAUUUUUUUUUAUUUUUAUUCUGCAAA